AUGAGUUUACAACUCAAUUAUAGUGGCAAUGGCAGUUCAGAGCGGGAGGACGCGGGAGGAACUGAUGAAACAGGUGAACACGACUUUGCGCUUCUAAAAGCUGGAGUUUUGGGAUUGAUUUUUGUCUUAGCCACAUGUGGGAAUUUGUGCCUUCUACGUGCACUUCGGAGGAAGCGCAAGAUGAAUACAAGGACCCACCUGUUCCUUCUGCACCUGUGCUUCGCGGACCUAGUGGUCGCUUUCUUCCAAGUCCUACCGCAGCUCUGCAUGGAGAUUACGCACCGGUUCCGCGGCUCAGAUUUCGUCUGUAGGUCGGUGAAAUAUCUUCAGGUGGUUGGGAUGUUCGCCUCCACAUACAUGAUAGUGGCCAUGACCAUUGAUCGGUACCAUGCGGUCUGCAAACCCAUGGUGUCGUUCUUGAAGGGUUCCUUUAAGAGGUACGUCGCCAUAGGCGCAGCGUGGCUGAUCUCUCUGGCUUUCAGCACUCCGCAACUCUUCAUCUUCUCUCUCCAAGAACUAGAGGACAACCUGUAUGAUUGUUGGGCGACAUUUAUUGAACCUUGGGGUUCUAAGAUAUACAUCAGCUGGAUUACUUUAUCAGUGUUUGUUCUCCCGGUUAUCAUCUUGCUGUACUGCCAGAUUAAAAUAUGCACGGGGAUAUACUUUAACAUGAAGAGAAAGGCGCUCCAGGCUUCCACGAGCGAAGGGCGCACGGGCACCAAAGGGGUCUCGAGCGCGAUGUUGAAGACGGUCAAAAUGACAUUCGUCAUCAUUAUGGUCUACUCGAUAUGCUGGAGCCCCUUCUUUGUGGUCCAGUUGUGGUCUGCAUGGAGUCCCAGUACAGCGCCCACAAAUGGUCCACUGUUUGUCAUCAUCAUGCUGCUUGCCAGUCUGAACAGCUGUACCAACCCCUGGAUCUAUCUUUACUACAGCUAGGAGACACUAUGUUGGACUAGCUCUGGUCCAGGGUGCUACUUUCAGCUUCACAGAAGGCUCAGCAUCAGCAAGCCACACAUAACACCAUGGACCAGAGCUAUUGAUGGACCAUAUGGGCAAUAUGGAAACUCCCCCAACUCCACUGCUUCACCUUGUACUGUAUAUAGCAUUUCUUUGAUGUCAUUGAAGACCCAUGGUUUAGACACAUGUAAAUAUCCUCGUUGAUUCAACAUCAAGAUUGGUAUGUCAAGCCGACCAUUUUAGCUCUCAGCAGUAAGCAAAUUGAAUGUAUAUUCUUUCAAGCUAAUAUUCUAUAAGAGGUGCAGGAACUCGAGCAGUAGAACAUUUGAGGUGGCGGUAGUCAGUUCAGGUGAGCUCCUGCCCAAACCAAUCACUGAUUAUCUACCAGAAAAACUAUUGUGAGGAAGGAUAUGGGCAUCAGUGAACAACGAAUGGUUGCUUUGUGAGUAUAAUGUAUAUUUAUUAUGACUAUCUGGUCCAUAUAUUUAUUGAUGUGUUUGAGCUUUGACAUAUCUUUACAUAGAUAUAUCUGUAUUUUCUCUGUUUUGUGUAAUGCAACAAUAAAACACGUCUGUACAUGAUUUGAAUAAUUCCCUGAACAAGUCUGAAUGUAUCUAUCUACUAAUACUCACAUUGUUUUAAAACCCUGGUGCAAAACUCUGUUCAGGAGGAGUGUAAAUGUUUCCUGUAGCUGGGGUCAUGUGGUUGUGCUGAUUGUUUUUCAUGUUUAACAUUACUGUUCUGUUGUGCUGAUUGUUUUCCAUGUUUAACAUUACUGUACUGUUGUGCUGAUUGUUUUCCAUGUUUAACAUUACUGUUCUGUUGUGCUGAUUGUUUUCCAUGUUUAACAUUACUGUACUGUUGUGCUGAUUGUUUUCCAUGUUUAACAUUACUGUUCUGUUGUGCUGAUUGUUUUCCAUGUUUAACAUUACUGUUCUGUUGUGCUGAUUGUUUUUCAUGUUUAACAUUACUGUUCUGUUGUGCUGAUUGUUUUCCAUGUUUAACAUUACUGUUCUGUUGUGCUGAUUGUUUUCCAUGUUUAACAUUACUGUACUGUUGUGCUGAUUGUUUUUCAUGUUUAACAUUACUGUUCUGUUGUGCUGAUUGUUUUUCAUGUUUAACAUUACUGUACUGUUGUGCUGAUUGUUUUCCAUGUUUAACAUUACUGUACUGUUGUGCUGAUUGUUUUCCAUGUUUAACAUUACUGUUCUGUUGUGCUGAUUGUUUUCCAUGUUUAACAUUACUGUUCUGUUGUGCUGAUUGUUUUUCAUGUUUAACAUUACUGUUCU